CCCGCCGACCCCUCCCGCCUCCACCGGGCUCUGGAGCUGGCCCCCAGCCGCAGCAUCAACUGCUCGGGGGUCGUCCGCGGGGACCAGAAAGCCAUCCGGGAGGCGCAGCUCAGCAACCUCGAAGUGGCGAACAGAAAGGCUUCACCGACGCCGGGCGAAUACCUGAACAUUACGAGGGACUGCAGAGCCUUCAAGGAGACCCGGCGCUACAUCGAGUUUCCCCUCAGCCAGGAGGAGAAGGAGUUCCCCAUCGCCUACUCCAUGGUCAUCCACAACAAAAUCGACAUGUUUGAGCGGCUCCUGCGGUCCGUCUACUCCCCCCAGAACGUCUACUGUGUCCAUGUGGACAGCAAAUCCCCGGCCGCCUUCCAGGAGGCCGUGCGGGCCAUUGCUGCCUGCUUCCCCAACGUCUUCGUGGCCAGCCGCCUGGAGAGCGUGGUCUAUGCCGCCUGGUCCCGGCUGCAGGCCGACCUCAACUGCAUGCAGGACCUGCUGCAGAGCCCCGUGCCGUGGCGAUACCUCAUCAACACUUGCGGCACCGACUUCCCCAUCAAGACCAAUGGCGAGAUAGUCCGGGCGCUGCAGCUGCUGCAGGGCCAUAACAACGUGGAGUCGGAGAAGCCGUCAGCCGCCAAGCAGCAGCGCUGGCAGUACCACCACGAGGUGGGGGAGACCAUCUCUCGCACUGCCCAGAAGAAACUGCCGCCGCCCCACAGCUACCCCAUGUUCACGGGCAGCGCGUACAACGCGGUCACACGGGACUUUGUGCGGUACGUCUUCGAGAACCCCACGGCACAAAUGUUCCUCGAGUGGUCCAAGGACAGCUACAGCCCUGACGAGCACGUCUGGGCCACCCUGAACCGCAUGCCGGGCGUGCCGGGGGGCACUCCCCCCAGCGACAAGUUCCAGCUCUCGGACAUGAACGCCCUUCCCCGCCUGGUCAAGUGGGAGUACCUGGAGGGGGACAUCAGCAAGGGCGCGGCCUACCCGCCCUGCACCGGCCGCCACCAGCGCGCCAUCUGCAUCUACGGGGUGGGCGACGUGCCCUGGAUGCUGCAGCAGCACCAUCUCUUGGCCAACAAGUUCGACCCCGAGGUGGACGAUGCGGCCCUCCAGUGUCUCGAGGAGCACCUGCGCCACAAGGCCCUGUACGGCCGGGGGCUCUGAGGGGGAGCCGCGGAGACUCUGGCCAGCACCUGUUGCCUUC